CCCAGACUCAGAGGCAGAGAAAUCAGGUGCUCUGAAUAUGGGGAGCACUCCUCCUUAGAUCCAGCUGGUGGAGGGGGAAAGCGGAAGGCCUCCCACCUGCUCUGGACACCUGACUUCCGUGCCCCAUCUCUGAGGAAGGGCCGAGCCAGAGGGCAGUCAGAGGCUGGGGUGGGAUGGGGGGACUCUGAUUCUCCAAACCUGCCCUGAGAUUCUGGACCACCAUCCGAAGCGUUCGGGCUUUUAAGGGCUCGUCGCCCUCCUACGCGCUGACCCGGAGACCAUGGAGUCCAACCUGCAGGGGACAUUCCUCCUGAACAACACACAGCUGGCCCAGUUCUCGGAAAUGAAGGCUCCCAUGUGCCAGUACUCGGUGCAGAACUCCUUCUACAAGCUCAGUCCUCCGGGACUCGGCCCCCAGCUGGCCGCUGGGACCCCCCACGGGAUCACUGACAUCCUGAGCAGGCCGGUAGCCACUCCAAACAGCAGCCUCCUCUCUGGCUACCCCCACGUGGCAGGCUUUGGUGGACUCGGCUCCCAGGGGGUCUACUAUGGCCCCCAAGUGGGGAGUUUCUCCAAGGCUGGGAAUGAGUACCCCACCCGGACCCGGAACUGCUGGGCCGACACAGGCCAGGACUGGCGAGGCGGUGCUCGGCCAUGCAGCAACGCCCCAGACCCCCUGAGUGACACCAUCCACAAGAAAAAGCACACUCGCCCUACCUUCACGGGCCACCAGAUCUUUGCUCUGGAGAAAACCUUUGAACAGACCAAGUACUUGGCUGGCCCGGAAAGGGCGAGGCUAGCAUACUCCCUGGGCAUGACGGAGUCCCAGGUCAAGGUGUGGUUCCAGAACCGCCGGACCAAGUGGAGGAAGAAGAGCGCCUUGGAGCCCUCGUCCUCCACGCCCCGGGCCCCGGGCGGUGCGGGCGGAGACCGCGCGGCCUCGGAGAACGAGGACGAUGAGUACAACAAGCCGCUGGACCCGGACUCGGACGACGAGAAGAUCCGCCUGCUGUUGCGCAAGCACCGGGCCGCCUUCUCGGUGCUCAGCCUGGGCGCGCACAGCGUCUGA